CAAUGUUACUUGCUCCACUCGCUCCCGUGCCCGGGGGCUGGGAGCUCAGCUCGGAACUCAAGGAUUAAUGGACUGAUCCCCUAACAAUUGGGACUUGUAAAACAUACCCAGUCACAAGCCCCCUCCCUGGGUUUCCCCCUCUCUCUGCACCUCUCUCUCCCCUGACUGUGUCUGUAGGUGAACAUGUGAGGUGGGAAUAAAUCAUGCACACAGAAGAAGGACCGCCACCCAGCCAGGAGGAUGACUCCUCAGCAGAAGUCUAAUUUGCCGAAGGGGCAGAGCGAAGAAGAUCUGAGAUUGUGGAUGCAGGAGUGGGGCAAGUUUUCCAUCUGUAAACUGGAGAUAAUACCACCUCCCUCCUUCACAGGGUGUGAUGAAGAUUACUACAUUUAUGUCUAAGAUGAAACCCAUAGUCCAAAGAAGACGCUCUACCCCAUCUGCUAUUACCAAAGCUCUCAGCAAGUCCAAACACCAUUCCAGGGAAAUUACAGUUUCCUCAUCCCAUCCAGAUAAUGGGCUGCCAACCGGGGCUUUCAGUAGCCCAAAUUCUGUUUUCAUCCUGGAUGAGCGUGUACAGCUAACUGUGGGACUGCAGACUCAGGAGAGACACUUAUUCCUCUUCAAUGACAUGCUGAUCAUCGCCAAAUCAAAGUCUUCCUCGAGCUUGAAGCUGAAGAAGCAAGUGCGUCUCAGUGAAGUGUGGACAGGCACCUGUCUCAGUGAAGUGACAGAGAAGAAACUGAGUCCAGAGCAUUCCUUUGUCAUUGGCUGGCCCACCACCAACUGUGUCAUCACCUUCAGCUCAUCCGAGGUGAAAGAACGGUGGCUCACGACAUUAUUGUGGCAAAUCAAUGAGACAAAACAGAAUGAAUAUCUGAAAGCCCUGAGUCUCCAAAUCCUUGUACUGGAUAUUGAAAACUGUUCUUCUACUGCUACAGUCAAUGUGUCUAAUACAGAAAUAGCAGACAAUGUGAUCAAGAAGACAGUUCAUCAGCUUGGACUUCCUGGUAGACCGAGUGACUACCACCUCUGGGUGAUAUCUGGAAAGGAUGAUCCUGCUUACCCUUUAAUUGGCCAUGAGCAUCCUUUUAGCAUUGUCUUGAGCUCCCUCCAAGACACUGUUGACCAGCAUCAAGGUACCAACAACAACACACUCCUAGCUGAUGGCACAGAGGCUUCCCUCCUGGACCAGCUCCCCAAGGACAGACAGUGCCAAUUCAUCCUGAAACCCAAGCCCCAAGCCCCAAUGCAGCUAAGGAGAGAAUCAUUGCAGAAACAUACCAAGAGGAAGAAAUCCUUGAUUGAUUGGGCCCUGCGUCGGAGCACAAGCACUCCCACAGGCAGUCCACCAUCACACUCCCCAACGACACCACGGAAACUUUUUGGCCUAUCUCUGUCCUCCGUCUGCCCUGAUGGACUCCUUCCCAAGCCAAUUAUGGAUAUGCUGCUUCUCCUCUACCAUGAAGGUCCCUCCACAAGGGGCAUUUUCAGGCGCUCAGCCAAUGCCAAGACCUGUAAGGAACUGAAAGAGAAACUGAACUCUGGAGAUGAAGUCCAGAUGGAUGGGGAGUCCGUCUUUGUGGCUGCAGCAGUCAUCACAGAUUUUCUACGAAAUAUACCUGACAGUGUUCUAUCCUCAGACAUGCACGGGUUAUGGAUGGAAGCUGUGGACACAGAAAAUCGAGCACAUAAGAUAGAAGUCAUUAAAAGCCUGGUGAAUCAGCUCCCAGAAGCCAACCUCCUUUUACUCCGAUACCUCUUUGGAGUCCUGCACCACAUUGAGCAGAAUUCAGGAGUGAAUCAGAUGAAUGCCUUCAACCUGGCUCUUUGCAUAGCUCCCAACAUGCUGUGGCUCCCCAGUCCCACUGGGCCCGAAGAGGAAAGCAGGUCUACAAAGAAGGUGGCUAUGCUAGUGCAAUUUCUGAUUGAAAACUCAGCAGAAAUUUUUGGAGGGGAUAUUGCAUCGUUGUUUCAAAGACCAGACAAAGAGAAAUCAAAAGGCUCAGAGGACUCCCUAGGUACUAGAAUGGCCCAGCAUGAUGAUUCAUCCGAUGAGAUGGAGUUUGCUGCCUGUGAUCAGGAAAGACCAAAGCACCAGCCAGUUCCUGAAGCAGACAUUGUGUUUGAUCCAUCCGGUGAUUUGUUACUUGAUGAAGAGCGGGAAGACUGGGACUUGUUUAGUGAGAUCGCAGCCUGCUACCAGAGCAAAACCAGGAAAAAUGCUAGUGCAGACAGCUACGACCUUCUGGAGGAGGAGGGCUCCUUCUGCUCCAUGGGCUCAAUACGCUCACUGAGCCCAGCAAGGGAUCGGUGCUCAUCUGAGCCCAGUGUCUGUGUCAGCUCUCAACUUCCUGCCCAGAGCCACGAGCCAGUAGCCCGCCAGUCCAGCUGCGAUGCCACCAUCAUGCACAGCCACACGGACUACAUUCAUAGGCUGAAGCAGCUGCAGCUAGAGAGCCAGAAGCUGAUUGAUGAAGGCCUGAGUCCCAGGGUUAAAACCAGGCAGAAUUUCUGGCGCUCACCUCAGACUGGAGCUAGGGUAAAGAAGUUGAGCUUUCAAAAAAACAGUCUGUCCAAUAGGUCCAGCUUUUCCAGCCUGUCCUCUACCACCACUUCUCCCUCUGCCUCCUCAUUAAGUUCCUUAGACAGUGCUUUCUCCUACUGCUCAGAGUCUUCAGCCUUCAGCCCCACAGAUGUCUCCUCCUUGCCUUUCAUGUUCGGCACUUCUGCCAGACUCUACACCUUAUCUCCAAAGACAGCAAAGCAGUCCCAGAAAGAGUGGCACAAGCCCUUAACCUCUCCUUUGCCCUUGAACCCUUGCAGUUUGGACUCUUGUAAUGAGUGUGAGCAAAAGGACAUAGGGUGCAGCCAUAGCACUGGGGAAGUAAAGGGCUUUACCCCCAUCAGUGGAGUUGCCAUGGGAAGCUUGCUAAAUGAGAGUGGCAGUGAAGGGGAGGAAAGAGAGAUGGGAAGUACAGGGCUCUCUGCACAAGGUUGUCGCGCAAGAAGUGAAGGUUAUUUCAAAGAGUGUAAUCACAACGCAGGCCAUGGCACCCACAUCCAAGACAGCGAAAGCUCCUCAGCAAUCAGCCAGCAAGUGCACAGGGAGAAAUCAGUGAAGCACAUUGAGAUAAAGGGCUCUGAGGUGUCCAGACAGGAAAGCCUGAAGCGUACCAAGAUAACCUUUUACAUGGCCCCAAAUACAGAAAGUCCAAGGGGGUCUCCAGUAGAGCAGGAAGAGAAGGGUUUGGCUGUGAACCUCAGCACCAGCAACUCAAACAGCGGUGAGCAAAGCACCUCCAGGAGUCUACCGACAGUUAGGGUGCAGAUCCCCCAGACAGUGUUUUACGGGCAGAACACCCCGUUGGUGCUGCAGUCAGUCUCCAGGCGAUACCAUCAUGAAUGGACCAACCACUCCCUGCAAGCAGAGUGCAAACAGGUCCCCCAGAACAGCUCCCCUCCAGGGGAGCUGGCAGAGGCACAACAAGAGCCACAGGCCAAAACCCACGGCAAAAGCAUCAACACCUUCAGUCACACCAUCCGCAUCAUCCUCCCUGCCUCCAUCCGCAGCACCGUCAGGGAGUACUUCAAGCACGACGAGGUCAAGGCCUGCCACGCGGCAGAGGCAGAAGCUGUGGAAAAUGAGCUCAUCCGGAGCAGGGUGGAGUGGCUGAGGAGCCAGCCCCACACAGUUGCAUCCCCAGAGGAGUGUGAUGCAGUGGCAUUCGCAGAAGAGACGUUUGUGUAGGAAACAUAUGAGUGGGAGCUGUGACUGCUGACUCUCUCCAGUGUGCUGUGGAGCUUGUUGUAUAGAGGCAUGACCGAGGGGUGAAGAAUCCAACAGGCUGCAUGGGUCAAUAAGUGUAAAGUGAUGAGAUGUGCAAUUCAUGUCGGAGUUUGGGUUUGGUUGCUGUUGUUGUCGUUCUCUCUUUUUUUUUUUUUUUAUUCUUUGCUAUCUUUUCUACAGAAGGAACUUAACUGACAGGUGUGGAGUAGGCUAAGUACAGCCUAAAUCCUCCCCCAGUUUUAAAUUAGCAAACCUGUACAAAGAAUUUCCCUCAAAAUUUCAGGCUCUCCUUGUUGUUUUGCCUAGAAUUGCAGGUGCACACGGGAAUGUGAAGGGGUUUGGCCGGCAAACCUGCAAACUCAUACAGCACUUUUACACAUGUUCCAGUUCAUGCUGAUUAAACUGCAUCGGAGCAGAUGGAUCGUUUUAAUCAGAACACUUCAGUGUCCUGCAGCGUCUCAUCGAACGAGCUCAUCAAAUGAGUUUUAGUUUAAGUGCUUCCACCACCAUUUUGAAAUGCGGGACGCUGAAUACACAAGACAUUGUGGGCUUUUUAAUUAGAGUGGCUCCCAAGAGCCACUCUAAUUAAAACACCCUCCCCCUAACCCCAAAGCACGUUCCGUGGGUUUUCUUACAGUUUACAAAAGAACCCGGGAAUAUGGAGCAAAGUGUUGUGUCAGCCUGCAUUUAUUUUAGCUUGUAGUGAGCUCCACUAUGUUAUCUUUUUCUUAUCGACAUUCAUGGGAAUCCAGAGCAAGGAGCUUCCCCCUGAAUUAAGAGUUAGCUGAUUUUUCCUUCUCCAACUUCCUCUGGCUCUGUGGUUUGGCUCAUCAAAAUUGAAGGAUUUUGUUGCUGCUGCUGAUUGAGGUGGGUUUCAAGGGCACCUGAAUAGUGCAUUCUGGGAGCAAAGCACCCACAAUUCCUCAUGGGUUGAGUGAGAAGCAUGCUUUUAAGACCUGUGGCUUCCAAUCUGUUAUAGUGCAUUCAUUUUCUUCUCUCCCGCCUCUUCCCAUCAAAUAUUUGGGAAAGAGCUCCACCACCUCAAGAGAGCUAUGACACUUCACCACCACUGAGGAGCCCUGCUCCUUUGUUACCUUUUGGGAAUAGUUGGUCCUACACAAUCCUAGUACAGGAUACAAUUCUUUCCUGAGGGCUCCUAAUUGUCGGUAAAAAUUCAUAACUCAUUUUUUAACAAGGUAGUAAAAGAUGCAAUGUGCAUAGGGAUCCUCAUUAAAUCCCUAAUGACUUUUAUGAGGAGUUACAUAUGGUUUGAUUUUGGCAUGGUAGUUAAAGGGUUGUGAAAGUAGUUAAGAUGUGUUGCUGAGUGGAUGCUGAAGUUAGGUCCUUUCUGGCCAGAGAAUGGCCCACUACUCCAAGUGCUAGAUGAGGUGAAGGUCAGGAAAGAGCGAGCUAUUAGAUAGCACUUACUGCUGCCUUUGAGGACAGAUAAGUCCCCCUUAAUGAAACACAAACACCAGCGUUCAGACUGAAAGCAAUAGGCCUGGGUAUCAGGAUAAGGACAACUGGCAGGAGUUUCAGAAACAUUUUUGGUAACUAGUUUGCUAGUGUUUCACCAGGAAAUUAAAUACAGGCAGAGCAUCCAAAUCACUAUGUUCAACAAGGCUCUUCCAAGGUCCUUAGCCUUUUGGAAAGUGGUUAGAGGUUAAGGAUGCUGCAGCCCCAUCUUCAAAGAUGAGGUAGUCAGAUGAGUUCAAUGGCAAUGAGGAAAAUGAGGGUUUUAUAGAAGAGAAAAGUCUCAAAGCUUAAAAAGGUUUGGGGAGUUUGAAUGGAUGUUACUCAGGAGUUUUCCAAAUUGGUCACCCCCACCAACACUACACUUCCACUGCUAGAAAUAAAAAUAAAGUGGGUUUGACAAGGUGGAGAGAGCAAGAGAAAAGAAAAUGAAAGCCCAAGGAAUUUGUACAUCCCUAUUCACUGCUGUAGGGCCUAAUCCCUCAUCGUGCUGCUGGAUCCUGCAAGCUGCUGAGAGUCAUUGAUUCCUAUUGCUGGACCUGCUCAGCACCUCACAGGGUUGGACCCUAAUGCAGAUGAAGAAGAAAUGUCCAAUGAGUACAUGUCACCUUGACUAGUCUACUCAACACCCCCUUGCAAUCAGCAGAAAGCAACUGGCUCAGCACUCUUUGACUGUGGUUAAUAAACUCCAUGUUGUCAGAGAACAAGGGAGAGUAAUAGCCCAUUUUUCAAGGUGUACAGAGCUUGAUUUGGUACCUAUGACUUUUAUGUCACAAGCUAUGGUUCCUUUUAUCCCUGGCUCACCUUGAUGGCCUUUGUGUGAUGCAAGGUGUAUAUAUUGUAAUACAAACCACUUGCCAUCAUUCCCCUCACACAUGCUCCUUAAAGAGCUGUUCACCUUCUUUUCCCAAGCUGUGGGUGUAACUAUUUCAAUAAAAGAAGCACAUCUGUUUGACA